AUGGGUCUUCUAAAGGUUGCUGCAUUAUUUUUCAUCGCCGGUGCGACUGCUCGGGCUGAGUCUUUUGUUGCUAAUUUACCCUACAAUGCACAGGGACUCUUCAAUGAGUCAAUGGACUACCUGGAUAGGGCCUAUGACAACUCAGCUGGUUAUCUCUAUGGAACAAGUGGUGCUGUGGCCUUGAGACAUAAUACGAGAAGUUCAGCGUGGUAUGCCAUUGGACUUCUGGCAAGAAAUCAAGGCUCCGAUGUACUCGAAGCCGAGAGGAUAAUCGUAAACGUCAUCAAUGGCCAGUUCAAGGAUCCUGAAGCCCAGUGGUAUGGGGAUUAUCAGCAAGAACCAGAAGAACCAGAAUUGGGAAGCCCGUACUACCCACCGGUGUUGUAUGGUUCUUGGGAUCCGAAUUGGCGUGGUUUCAUAGCAACUGCUUUUAUCGUUGGUCUUGAAGAAUUUGGCAGCUUCAUUUCACCAGAAGUGACUAGCCUGAUGCUGGAAUCUUUAUAUAAUUCGACCGUAGGCGACAGUUAUCGUGUUGGUGGAGUGGACGGUGAUAACCUAUAUCCUGCUUAUACCAAUCCUUCAAUAAUGCGCGCUUUCGUUUCUGGGUGGACUGGCCGCCGGCUGAAAGACAGCAAUAUGACGACCGCCGGAGAGUAUUAUGCUCAACAAAUUAUUGGCUUGUUUGACCGAGCCAAUACUCUUUCGGAAUUUAACAGCGGCACUUACACUGGAGUAUCUUUAUUUGCUAUGACUUUAUGGGCUAAAUAUUUGCCACAUGAUUCAGUGAUGAAACAAAGGGGCGCCUCGAUGAUCCAGUAUACUUGGGAAGCAGUAUCAAAUCUAUGGCAUCCUCAACUCCUCAAUGUUGGAGGUCCUUGGGAUCGUUCAUACGGCUUUGACAUGACGAAAUACCUCAGCUUGCUUGCACUUCACAUAUGGAAUGCUGUAGGAAAAAACAAGUCAUCAAUCAUCGACAAGCCGUACAUUAUGUCACAUAAUUCCGAUUUUGCGUACGGCCCAUUAUUCGCAAUCUUGUCUGAAUUUCACAACAGUUUAAUUCCCACCAGUGUGAUUGAGGCCCUUGAAAGCUUCAAAGGCGAGCAUACAUUCACUUCUUCAACCUAUUCUCCACCCUUUGACCUUUACCCCCGCAACAUUACAGCUUGGCUUGCAGACAACAUUAGCAUUGGCGCCGAAACAUUCAAUGAAAAUGUUAUAGGUGGACCUGCUAAGAAUCAAGGCACUUUCAACCCCGCUCUUAUGCAAUGGAAUACCGGUGAUGGAAUUGGAUGGCUUACACUCUACGCGACUGAAAUGCAUGUCAUUGCCGAAGCUGGACCGGGUUCAUUGAACUUGACUUAUCCAGAAGGAAAUGGUACCUCAAUAUUUACCUUUUUGCUCUCGCCAUUUACGAAAAAGAGGACUAUUUCGAGCCUUGAGGAUAUCCAGGGCUUGAAUCUGAAAGUUUCUGGCACAGUUGAUAUGAAUUAUACACUGUCAUUCGCAGGAGGCUAUGGUGGUGCGGAUGCUACCAUUAAUGAUUUUGAGUUUUGGAAUGUUACCUUCACAAUGCCGACUAACUCGACGAAAGUGCCACAUCUACUUCUCGAGGUGGAACUUUGGUGA